AAAUUGAUGAUCAGCAGCACCUGCUUGGUGUAAUUAGUCCAUCUGACAUCUGAAUCUAAUCCUACACAAUCCCUAACUUUGUGCAAGUAAGACACGAAAUCCAAAGCUGGUUGCACCAAACUUUGAUUUAAUUUGGAUAUUAUAUUCUGUUUAUUUAUAGCACUGGAUAUUUCAUAGUAGUGGUAGUUCCUGUUUCCUUAGAUACCAGAUUGCUCGUGCUAUUCUAAUCUGCUCUGGAUGCUGAGAUCUUGUUUAACAUCUGCGGCAACAUAAAGAAAAAUGACAGAACUCUGAUAAUAACAGCAGGUCCCUCCGUUUUUAUUGUUUCUCAGCCUUGCUAAUGCAAAUUCUUGAGGAUGUAAAAGUGUUGACACUGGAGACUCCUUCCAUUUAUAUAAUUAAUAAGCAAGUUGUUUUUUUUUUAGCUUUAGAUCCUACAUCAUAUGACUUGAGAACCUGGUGAACUGCAGCUGCACUGGCUGGCUCCUGUGCACCUCCUGACCAAUCAGGAAUCCAGAAUUCCAUAGCGCUGAGGUAUAAAGCGUUUACUCAACACCUUGGAUAUGAAGUGAGGUAGUGCACUAGAUGUCCAACAAGGAGUCAAUGGAAACAGCCGAGAAGUAGAAGAAGGGAUUUGUGUGGGGAUUUGAUUGCAUUGGUGAAAAGUGAAAGGAGAGAGAGAGAGAGAGAGAGAGAGAGAGAGAGAGAGAGAAGGAGGAAGUGCGCGCGCACGUUUUGGGCGAGCUGCUGAGGAUGAACGCGCUGUGCUCGAGCUACUACACGCCGGAGAAGGAGCUCGUGAGCGCGUUCGCGUGCCCGAGAGACGGCGGCGACGAGCGCGCGCGGUUCUGCUGCGGCUUCAGCGACCUCAAAUACUGCUGUGAUGAUUCCAACGGCUUCUUCCCCUACGAGUACGGGUACAUGUGGUGGCUCAGUAUCGGUGCUCUUAUAGGUCUAUCCGUAGCUGCAGUUGUUCUCCUGGCCUUCCUCGUCACUGUGUGUGUUCUCUGCAUCCUCUUCAUCAACACUAAACCCAGUCGUCUAGACAGCGGGCUUCCUCUCAGCUUGCCAGUUCAGUCAGCAUCAAAUACUGGCCGUGAGCCAAGUCCUUCCCCCGGGUGUUCCACCAGACCUCAGGGGUUUUUCCGCAAACAUUUCCCAAGCAGGAAACUGCACUGUGCCGAGCAGAGGGCCGAGCCUGAGCGCCUGUUUCAGCCCUGCUUCAGGGUCACCGUGGCUAGAGUGAACGCUGAAGGGCCUUCGUAUGAGCCAUGUUCAAAACCAGGUGCUUGUAUAGGCUGAGCAGGUGACAAGGACUUUCUCCUGCACAUAGAGUUCAGCAGUGGCUCUUUUUGGAGCUCCUGGGAAUUGAUGGCAAUCAUGGAAGACUUACGAAGCACAGAGCAGAACAGACAUGAUGCAGCAGUGCUGUAGCUGUUGGCACAAAGACCUGGUUUUACUUGUUAAUUUCUUGUGUGUCAGAGUGAGUAAUGUAUAAUGUUUUUCUUCUGAAUGAACGGGUCGUACUGGUUUUAAGGCACAUUUAUUGGUUCCAAAUGCACCAAAACUAUAGAAGUAUUUCCUGAA